GUACCAUUUGCCCCAAAUGAACGCGCGAAAAUGACAUGGGAAGGUUAACUUUUGAAUCAUUCAAAUGUACAUACGCCAUACAUAUAUACCUAAGGCGCAUUUAUGUGCGUAUGUACAUUUGUGCUUUGGCGCUUGUAAAAUUCGAACAAAUUUGUUUUCAACGUAUGUACUCGGCUAAACGCGCAUAUAUUAUAUAUACAUAUACAUACACUGUGACAUGAACUUCCAUUUGCGAUCGCGUGUACAUCCAUCCGUCGAUCCAUCUGUACGCCGCGGUGAACUCUGUUUUUACGUAACACUUCACCAUCACGCAUAUCCCAUUUUAUGUGAAAAUUGCAUUAUUUACAUGGUUCGCUCGGGGGAAUCAUAUAAAUAGAGGAAAAGUGACAAUCAAAGCGUAAAAAGCAAAGCUAUGUAUUUUUUUUUUUUUACCAUGUCAAAAAAAUGAAAACAAACAAAUGCAUCAAAUUGAUUUGUGAAUCUCCAAUUUUAUAACCCACGCCGAGUUCGUUGUUUUACCAUUUUGUACAAUUUAUAAACUUAUAUUAUGAAUAGCAACAGUAGCAACACUAGCAACAUUAGCAACGCUGUUAACUGAACGUAGAGCGCCUCCUAUCGCAAAAGUAUAGAACACUGCAAACGGCACAAAGUACUCACCCCACCUACCCCCCAAAAAGAAAAAAAAAAAAAAAAGACUCCUCCGUGGGAAUGUUUCAUCUAUUUUAUCCUUUUUGAUUUAAUUUCCAGCAUAAUGACACAUAUGGACAUGCGAUAAAUAUAUGCGCACAUGUCAUAAACACACAAAUACAUACAACAGGUGAUCCCGCACUUUUGUAUAGACGCUCAAGCCUACUCGAUUUAAGACGAAACUGUUUUGUAAAAAUGUCAAUGAAGGAAGAUUACUACGACUACCUGUUUAAAAUUGUUCUGAUAGGAGAUUCCGGCGUGGGGAAAUCGAACUUACUCUCCAGAUUCACGAGAGACGAAUUCAACCUGGAAAGUAAAAGCACCAUAGGUGUAGAAUUCGCGACAAAAAGCAUUCAGUUAAAAAAUAAUAAAAUAAUAAAAGCACAGAUAUGGGACACUGCCGGGCAAGAGAGAUAUAGGGCCAUCACCUCAGCGUAUUAUCGAGGGGCAGUUGGGGCCUUGCUUGUGUACGACAUAACAAAAAAAAACUCAUUCGAAAAUAUUGAAAAGUGGCUGAAGGAGUUAAGAGAUAAUGCUGAUUCUAACAUUGUUAUCCUACUGGUUGGCAACAAAAGUGACUUAAAACAUUUACGUGUAAUAAACGAUAAUGAAGCAACUCAGUUUGCGAAGAAAGAAAAGUUGGCCUUCAUAGAGACCUCUGCUCUGGAGGCCACCAACGUGGAACUAGCAUUUCACCAGUUACUGAAUGAAAUUUACAACGUCCGGCAGAAAAAACAAGGCACGAAAAAUGAAGACAGCAUGUCCAUCCAACCUCGCGGGAAAAAAAUAAAUGUUACAAAGGAAAAAAUAAAAGAAACGACGAGAGAAACGAAUAAGACGAUGCACAUUUUGGUGCCGCGUUUGAGCGUCUACAUGGCAGACGUUUGA